AUGAACGAUUCAUUAGACGACGAUUUUCCGCCAGAGCCACGUGGCAGGUGUUACACGUGGCCCAUGCAGCAAUUCGUCUAUCAGGAUCCGUCCACACUCCCUCAACAUCAUCAUCACAAUCCGUAUCAUCCAAUGCAUCCACAUCAACUUCCACAUAUGCAACAUCAAUUACCUCAGCCGCUUCUGAAUCUUAAUAGUAUGGCGACAUUAACGUCUUCCGGCAGCUCAGUGGCCAGUUCUAUUGGGGGCGGAGCACAAGGCUCUCCAACCCAGGCGAGCUGCUCCUCUAAUGCCACCGCCGCAACGGCAUCCUCUCAACAACCACAAACCGUUGGUCAAAUGCUUGCUGCAUCAGUACCUUGCUCUUCUGGAAUGACUCUUGGAAUGUCAUUGAAUUUAUCGCAAGGUGGUGGCCCGAUGCCAGCAAAGAAGAAGCGUUGUCGUAAGAAGCCAACUGAUCAACUGGCACAGAAGAAACCGAAUCCAUGGGGUGAGGAAUCGUAUUCCGAUAUAAUUGCCAAAGCCCUGGAAUCGGCGCCAGAUGGUCGGCUUAAGCUCAAUGAAAUUUAUCAGUGGUUUUCCGAUAAUAUUCCCUAUUUUCGAGAAAGAUCAAGUCAGGAAGAGGCCGCUGGAUGGAAGAACUCAAUCCGCCACAAUCUCUCACUUCACUCUCGUUUCAUGCGCAUCCAGAAUGAAGGAGCUGGAAAAAGUUCGUGGUGGGUCAUCAAUCCAGAAGCAAAACCUGGCAGAAAUCCACGUCGUACCCGUGAACGAUCGAAUACCAUUGAGGCAACAACUAAGGCUCAACUCGAGAAGACUCGCCGUGGAGCCAAGAAGAGGAUAAAGGAGCGUGCUCUCAUGGGAUCAGUCGGAGGGCUCAAUGGAAAUUCUACAGCUGGAUCUAUCACAUCUAUUCAACACGAUAUGUAUGAUGAGGAUUCGAUGCAAGGGCCAUUCGACAGCAUGACUACUUUCCGGCCACGCACUCAAUCUACAAUGUCUGUUCCUGGAUCAUCGUCUCGUGUCACUCCAUCGAUUGGAGGAGAGCUUUAUGAUGAUUUGGAAUUCCCAUCAUGGGUUGGAGACACUCCAGCUGUUCCAACUAUUCCAAAUGAUUUGGUUGAUCGGACCGAUCAAAUGCGUAUCGACGGCAAUACUCAUGUCAAUGGAAUUCAAAUUAAGCAAGAGCCAAAGCCAAUUAAGACUGAGCCAAUUGCUCCACCACCAUCGUAUCAUGAGUUGAACAGUGUCCGUGGUCCAUGUGCCCAGAAUCCACUUCUUCGUAAUCCAAUUGUGCCAAGCACCAACUUCAAACCAAUGCCACUUCCCGGCUCAUACGGAAACUAUCAAAACGGUGGAAACAACCAAGGAGUGUGGCUCUCCACAUCUACAUCAUCUCCACUCCCUGGAAUUCAGUCCUGCGGAAUCGUGGCUGCUCAGCACAAUGUUGCCUCUUCAUCUGCUCUCCCAAUCGAUUUGGAGAAUUUGACACUUCCAGAUCAGCCAUUGAUGGAUAUGGAUGUUGAUGCUUUGAUCCGGCACGAGUUGUCACAGGCUGGAGGACAACAUAUACAUUUCGAUUUGUAA